AUGCCUCCAAUCAUCUUUACGGGGCUAUUCAUAACUCUUUGGUGCUGGAAAUGCACCAUGUUGAUUGUGUUUCAAAACACCAUCAUCUACAACCCAUUUCUGCCACCAGAUGCUCGCCGCUUGGAAAUAGCAGACUAUGCGAGCCAAUGCCGCGGAGUGACCUGGAGACGGGAGAUGAUCAAGUCGCUGGACGGCACACCAAUUGCACUGUGUAUCAGCAAUGAAGCUUCGGAAAGGCCAAGCCCAUCUGUGACGCCAGUGUACAUUCUGUAUUUUCAAGGCAAUGCUUCAUCGUUGCCCCCACGACUGCCCGAAUUAUCUUCGAUUCUCCGUCGAGUUCGAGACGCCGACCAAAGUGCAAGCUAUACCAUUAUCGGCGUGAGCUAUCGAGGCUUCUGGAAGUCACACGAUCGGCCGUCCGAGAGAGGCAUCAACCUGGAUAUAGAGGCCUCAUUGCAAUGGGUCACGCAAUUGCACAAAAGUAGACAUACGGACUCACAGCGUGACCCUGUUGUACUGCUCUGGGGCCAGAGCAUAGGAUGCGGCUUCGCCUCCAAUCUAGCCGCGAAUACGAUGGACGAUGCAAAUCUUGCGAUACGCGGCUUGGUGCUCGAGACACCAUUCACCAAUACGAGGGCCAUGCUCCAGGCGCUGUAUCCCCAGAAGUGGCUGCCUUAUCGGUAUUUGUGGCCAUUUCUGCGCAAUCAGCUGGACACGUGGAAGAAUCUAGAGACGGUGGCACAAAAGGCAAAGCGGCAGCCGAUGCCAGUGUACAUUGUCGAGGCCGGGAGUGACGAGCUGGUGCCGCAAAAUCACGGCGAGCUGCUGGCCGGACGCUGCGAGGCGCUCGGCUUGCCUGUGCGGCGAUAUACCGUGCGCAGAGCGCUUCACAACGAUGUGUCGAUACGGCAGGCUGGCAAGCAGGCCAUUGCGGAAUACAUACGAUCCGCUGUAGCGGCCGCACAGGUACGGUGA